AUGACAUCUAUAUUUGGAACACUUAAAAGAAUAUUACCAAAUACAGAGGAUUGGUGGAGUACUCUAAUUGGUCUUGGAACUUUUGCAUUUUGUUUUGUAAUUUCAUUCAGCAGUAAAUCGGAUUAUACUACCGCACCAAUAUGGUCGAAUAAUCCAGGAACUUUCUUUACCGAUUCAUACUAUUGGGUUUCCAUUCCGAUUGCCUUUGUAGUUUUGCUAUUUGGAACCUAUGUACCACUUAAAUUCAUGGAGAAGCGAUUCGAUCUCAAAGGCUUUGUAUUUAUAUUCCUCCUGACGAUACUCUGUAUUAUCAUUGGAAAUCAAAAGACAUUUCAUGCCGUUGGUGUAGGUGCACCGGUUUGGUCUAUUGGCAUUGGAUUUAUGUUUUCCAACAUUGUUUUCCGAGGCUACCAUGUCUAUGUCAAUUUGAGAAGAAGAGAAGGUUACCAGACUAUUCAAGACGACCGAACCCUCGAUGAAAUGGAGAAUAGCGCCUCUCUGAAAUUAAAGGAAACCAAGUCGAUUUGGACCGAAGAUUGCAUUCCAAGGUGGUUGAAAUGUGUGUUGCUCGACGAAUACUUUAUCAAGGUGAGUCUUGUACUUUUGGCAAUGGAUUUGUUGAAGGUAAAAGAUGUUUUUGUUCCAUCUAUCAUUGUAUCAUCCGAUACCAUCUUUUUAUUCCUGUUUUUGUUUGUGGUCGGUUGGAAGAUUUGGGUUAUCGAUCGUGAUACCGCUAUGGUUGCAGCCGCCGCAGUUUCGAUUUGUGGUUCGUCCGCGGCCAAUGCCAUAGGCUCGACUAUUGGCGCAUCGAAAAGUGCAAUCUCAUUCCCUAUUGCUAUUAUGGCGAUAUGGACGGUUCCAUGCAUUGUUUUGAUGCCAAUUAUGUACACCAAGUGGCUGGAGGAUGCUCUACACUGGACCAGUCGUGAGGGUGGCGCAUGGAUAGGUGGAACCAUCGAUACUACGGGCGCGGUAGUCGCAAGUGCAGCGACGAUCGACGAUGACGCCAAACAGGCGGCAGCCAUCGUUAAAAUGUUACAGAACUGUUUGAUCGGUCCGAUUUGUCUGAUCGUGCUUAUCGGCAACAUCUAUUUGAAUAGAGAGAAGGAAUCCGAUAUCUCUGGAAAGAAAGUACUUCAAAUCCUCUGGAACAGAUUCCCAAAGUUUGUUCUUGGUUUCAUCUCUGUUUGUUUGAUAUUGUUGGCAUUGCCUAGCUCCGAUUGGAAAACACAGAUCAUCAACACCUCUUUGUUGGGAAGCUCUUGGUUUGAAACAAUGGGAUUCGUUUGUAUCGGGUUGAACAUCAACAUCACAGAGAUUUGCAACAAUCUAAGUGUAAUGAAACUAUUGGUUUUCUACCUUUUGGCUCAAGCAUUCGAUAUGUUUACAACUGGUUUAUUAACAAAUUAUGCAUUUUAA